ACCACGAAGUACCAUUUCUCCAAGUUUGGGGCUCAGAGGGGAGCCAUCAUGAGCGAUGUUACCAUUGUGAAAGAAGGUUGGGUUCAGAAGAGGGAGUCCUCUUUGGUGGAGCCCACAGGCGGAGAGGAAGCACAGGAUUCAUAAGAUGGCGGGCGGGAGAAUAUAUAAAAAACUGGAGGCCAAGAUAUUUCCUUUUGAAGACAGAUGGCUCAUUCAUAGGAUAUAAAGAGAAACCUCAAGAUGUGGAUUUACCUUAUCCCCUCAACAACUUUUCAGUGGCAAAAUGUCAGUUAAUGAAAACAGAACGACCAAAGCCAAACACAUUUAUUAUCAGAUGUCUCCAGUGGACCACCGUUAUAGAGAGAACAUUUCAUGUAGAUACUCCAGAGGAAAGGGAAGAAUGGACAGAGGCUAUCCAGGCUGUUGCAGACAGACUGCAGAGGCAAGAAGAAGAGAGAAUGAAUUGUAGUCCAACUUCACAAAUUGAUAAUAUAGGAGAAGAAGAAAUGGAUGCAUCUACAACCCAUCAUAAAAGAAAGACAAUGAAUGAUUUUGACUAUUUGAAACUACUAGGAAAAGGCACUUUUGGGAAAGUUAUUUUGGUUCGAGAGAAGGCAAGUGGGAAAUAUUAUGCCAUGAAGAUUCUGAAGAAAGAAGUCAUUAUUGCAAAGGAUGAAGUAGCACACACUCUUACUGAAAGCAGAGUAUUAAAGAACACUAGACAUCCAUUUUUAACAUCCUUGAAAUAUUCCUUCCAGACAAAAGACCGUUUGUGUUUUGUGAUGGAAUAUGUUAAUGGGGGAGAGCUGUUUUUCCAUUUGUCGAGAGAGCGGGUGUUCUCUGAGGACCGCACACGUUUCUAUGGUGCAGAAAUUGUCUCUGCCUUGGACUAUCUACAUUCUGGAAAGAUUGUGUACCGUGAUCUCAAGUUGGAGAAUUUGAUGUUGGACAAAGAUGGACACAUUAAAAUUACAGAUUUCGGACUUUGCAAAGAAGGGAUCACAGAUGCAGCCACCAUGAAGACAUUCUGCGGUACUCCAGAAUAUCUGGCACCAGAGGUAUUAGAAGAUAAUGACUACGGCCGAGCAGUAGAUUGGUGGGGCCUAGGGGUUGUCAUGUAUGAAAUGAUGUGUGGGAGGUUACCUUUCUACAACCAGGAUCAUGAGAAACUCUUUGAACUAAUACUAAUGGAAGACAUUAAGUUUCCUCGAACUCUCUCUUCAGAUGCAAAAUCAUUGCUUUCAGGGCUCUUGAUAAAGGAUCCAAAUAAACGCCUUGGUGGAGGACCAGAUGAUGCAAAAGAAAUCAUGAGACACAGCUUCUUUUCUGGAGUAAACUGGCAAGAUGUGUAUGAUAAAAAGCUUGUACCUCCUUUUAAGCCUCAAGUAACAUCUGAGACAGAUACCAGAUAUUUUGAUGAAGAAUUCACAGCUCAGACUAUUACAAUAACACCACCUGAAAAAUAUGACGAGGAUGGUAUGGACUGCAUGGACAAUGAGAGGCGGCCACAUUUCCCUCAGUUUUCCUACUCUGCAAGUGGACGAGAAUAAGUCUUUCAUUCUGCAACUUCACUGUCAUCGUAGAUUUUAUUACUGAAAAUGAUUCCUGGGCAUCAUCACCAGUCCUAGCUCUUACAGAUAGCAGGGGUUUCUCCGGCAUCCCAGACCAGCCAAGGGUCUUCACCCCUCGCCAUCUUUCACUCACAUGAAAACACGUAUAUACACAAACACACUCCAGUUUUUGUUUUUGCAUGAAAAUGUAUCUCAGUCUAAGGUCUCAUGCUGUUGCUGCUACUGUCUUACUAUUAUAGCAACUUUAAGAAGUAAUUUUACAAUCUUUGGAAGUCAUGAGCCCACCAUUGUUCAUUUGUGCACCAGUUGUCAUCUUUUAAUCUAUUAGUUUUUGUUUUUCCCCAGCAGUGAAGGCUAAAUGAGAUACACUGAUUCUAGGUACAUUUUUUAACUUUCUAGAAGAUAAAUCAAAAACUAAUUAGAUUAGAAGAAUCUAGUUUAUAUUUCAAAACAAGCAAUUGUGGAAGGAUGGUGAUGUGCAUAUGCACAAAUUUAGUCAAGGAUGUCCAAUCAGUGCAUAAAGUAAGUCUGUAUUCACUAAGGUUUGGCUGGAAUUUAUUAGGAAGCACUUGAGAGAGGAGUUG